AUGUCCACCCGCUUCAAAACGCUGGGGCGACAGAGCCAUCCAUUUGGGCGCGUCGAGCUUGAAAUGGCUACCAAAGACGGCGUUUUAACUAUCCAAGCUCAUCGCGCCCGAGACCUGUUCAAUGGGGUUGUUGAUCCAAGCCUCAAGUUUCAGCUUCGCGUGCAUCUGGUGCCCCGCGCUGAGCCCGCAGUUUUGGUGCAUACGCUGUUCAAACCCCUACGCCCACCACGCGACUCCCCUUUCAAAAAAUCUAGCAAGAUCCACGCCGGCACCUGUUGCCCCAUUUUCAAUGAGGUGUUUCAAUGGCAACUGGAGAAGCUGCACGGCCACGAGAUUGAAUUUCAGGUGGCCGUUGCUCUCGUAUCCUCCGAACCUAUGUCAUCAAGUGGCUCGUUGUGCGCUGGCUGUUUUGUGCUGCCCCUCCACCAGUUGGCUUCAACUCAGCACGCGGUGCGACGCUGGUUCUGGUUGCUCGAUCCCAAUGUGGGUCUCACCACCUAUGAGGUGGUAGCUUUUGAUGUGCUGGAGCCACCGCGGGGUGCAAAAGGCGAGGAUGACGUGCAGAUUGGCGGUCGCCUCGCUACCUUGGCCAAUUCCAAGAUCAACGGGACCUACCAGUGGUCUCAGUAUACGUACUGCGGUCGUCCGGUCUUUUAUCACUCAAAAGAAGCUUUGGCUUUGUACUGGGUGGCUCAAAAGUCUGCCUGGGUCAUCUCAGAUUCGGCAGGUAGCCCAGCCCCAUUUGCCUUUGUGGUCGAUGACAAACCGCAUCCAGGGGACACAACCAAGGUGUGGCACGUGUUCUCCAAAGACGUGGAGUAUGGCCCGUUUCAGGGCAGCUUUCGUUCAACUCCCGGCGUCUUUGAGGUCGAUCGCGCGCUCAAGGCCAGUCGCUACGGCGCAACCUUGCUUGAGCCAGCGCUCAUCUCCCGUGAGCGCGUGUCGUCUAUCCCACGACCGCCAGUGGCGGUGCUGACGCAUGGUGCCAACGCUGAGGCUCGCAAUGAGGCACGAGCGCGAGCCAUGAAUCAACUAGCAGACAGCCAUGCGCUAGCGACUCGACUCUUGCAAGCAAUGCAGGCCAUGCGCAUGGCGAUUCAGGGUGACUUGGGCCCCCUGCAGACGGACAGCAUCUUUCUGAACACCAACGAGCUGUGCGAUGCUGCUGCCAACAGCCUCAAAAUUCUGCAAGAUCUUGUGCGGCGCGAGCAAGGUGCCAAGGGCACCAUCGGAGCUGCCUUGCAGCGCGUCAGCGACUUGCUGAGCUCACCACUGCAGACAUUCGCCAGGGGUCUACACAAUGCACUUGCGGCUGUCAAAGCACUUCGCGAGAAAGGUGGCCCCGGUGCCCGUGCUGUGAGCGCCUAUGAGAAAAAGCUCAACUUGGACCUGGCAGAAGCCUUGCAGUCUGUGGGCAACCAGGCUAAAGUUUACAUGACACUCAUUGGAGGAGUACUUGAGGCUACGGCCAGCACCCACAGUGACUACCAAGCCCUUUCAAAGGUGCACGGCAGCUUUGCGGUUAUUCAUCGGGAAAUGGAUCAAGCCCACGCCCGCCACGGUCACACAGCCUCGCGCUCCCCUUCAGAGCUCUUGGAAAGCCUGUUCGUGAGCGAGCUGCCCCCACCCGACGAUGCACCCCGUGCCUCCAUCAACACAGAUGGUCAAGACACACUGCCACGCCGCACGUCCAACCGCCCCACACCCACAGGCUCUGCCUAUUCGCCCGCCGUCAUGGGUCUAUCGCGCCGCAUGUCCCUGGUCCCAGACGCGCCAUUGGAUGAGGACGAGCUCCCUGUGGCAGAGAAUCACACCGCGUCUGCAGCAGCCCAGCCACCGACCCGAAACCCGGCCACUCAGCGUGCUUCCGCGCUGCCUGUCGUCACCGAAACGGCCGAUUCACCACCCCCUGACAGCGGCAAACCCACGCGCACCUGGCUCCACGGUGCCAUCAGCAAAGUCGAGGCGGAUGAAGCCCUUGAGCUUCGCAAGAUAGAUGGACAAUUUUUGUUGCGGCAACGAAGCCCAGAUUCUGAGGACAUUGUCAUGUCACUGACCUUCCGAGGCAAACCGACGCACCACCUCGUGAUGCGUGAUGCUGGCGGUCGCUGGCUCAUCAACAGAAAGCAAUAUGGACCUCCCACCGAUGAUUUGGACAACUUGCUUCGACUUUUGGCGGCCAGCCAACCACCAGCUGGCUGGCCACAGCGUAUCACAGAUUUUGUGCCCAACGCCGAGGCAACUCGAGAAGAUGUUCGCCGGGACUCGCAGUUCCUAGGCCUGGCAUGA